AUGCCUAAACUGGUGUGUGUCUGCCCUAAAAGUCCUGCACUGACCUACACUGAUGUGUGUCUGCCCUACAAGACCUACUCUGGUAUGUUUCUACCCUACAAGACCUACACUAGUGUGUUUCUCCCCUACAAGAACUACACUGGUGGGUUUCUCCCCUACAAGAACUACACUGGUGUGUUUCUUCCCUACAAGACCUACACUGGUGUGUGUCUGCCCUACAAGACCUACUCUGGUGUGUUUCUUCCCUACAAGACCUACACUGGUGAGUGUCUGCCCUACAAGACCUACACUGGUGUGUGUCUACCCUACAAAGCUUACACUGGUGUGUGUCUGCCUUACAAGACCUACACUGGUGUUUGUUUGCCCUACAAGACUGACAAUGGUGUGUGUCUACCCUACAAGACUAACACUGUUGUGUGUCUGCCCUACAAGACCUACACUGUUGAGUGUCUGCCCUACAAGACAUACACUGGUGUGUUUCUUCCCUACAAAACCUACACUGGUGAGUGCCUGCCCUACAAGACCUACACAGGUGUGUUUCUUCCCUACAAAACCUACACUGGUGAGUGUCUGCCCUACAAGACCUACACUGGUGUGUGUCUGCCCUACAAGACCUACACUGGUGAGUGUCUGCCCUACAAGACCGACACUAGUGUGUUUCUUCCCUACAAAACCUACACUAGUGAGUGUCUGCCCUACAAGACCUACACGGGUGUGUUUCUCCCCUACAAGACCUACACUGGUGUGUGUCUACCCUACAAGUCCUACACUGGUGUGUGUCUGCCAACAAGACCUACACUGGUGUGUUUGCCCUCCAAGACUAACAAUAGUGUGUGUCUACCCUACAAGGCCUACACUAAGGCCUACACUGAUGUGUGUCUACCCUAUAUGGCUUACACUGGUGUGUGUGUCUGCCCUACAAGGCCUACACUGACCUACACUGGUGUGUGUCUACCAUACAAGACUAACAAUGGUGUAUGUCUGCCCAACAAGACCUACAAUGGUGUGUGUCUACCCUACAAGACUAACACUGUUGUGUGUCUGCCCUACAAGACCUUCACUGGAUUGUGUCUGCCCUACAAGACUAACAAUGGUGUGUGUCUACCCUACAAGACCUACACUGGUGUGUGUCUGCCCUACAAGACCUACAUUGGUGUGUGUCUGCCCUUCAAGACCUACACUGGUAUAUGUAUGCCCUACAAGACCUACACUGGUGUGUGUAUGCCCUACAAGACUAACAAUGGUGUGUGUCUAACUUACAAGGCCUACACUGGUGUGUUUGCCCUACAAGACUAA